GCGGAGGCGUGAACGAAAGCAACAAUUUUAAGCUUCGUUGUGUGCGCAUGUUGAUGAAGGCGGGAACAGAGGCGGACUUGUUCAUGCGUGUCGACAAAUCAAAGACUUACGACGAGUUUAAGGGAAACUUCCUAAAAACUUUUGGCCGCAGCAAUUUAACUGCCGACGUGGUACUUCUGUUGAAGGAAACCUUUUUCAACCCGGAGAAAAACUCCGUAAUGGGAUAUAUUCUUCGCAUGGAAGAAAUUACUAUGCGUGCCGACAUCGAAGAGAAAUUGACAGUGCAGUUCAUCGUUGAUGGUUUUCGUGAUCGAUCUUCCAGUAUCGCCUUAUUGUAUUCAGCGUCGACCAUCGGAAAACUUAAGGAGCUAGCUCGACAAUACGAAGCUUUGAGGAAGAGUACCCAGACGAAUUUUAAGCGCACUGGGAUGACCGCUUCCGGAAAUGACCGGAGCCAGGUGCGCUGCUAUAAUUGUUCAGCACAUGGCCAUUAUGCUUCAUCGUGUCCCGCACCUAAGCGGGAGAAGGGAUCGUGUUUCCAGUGUGGAUCCAUGCAGCACCAGGUGAAGGAUUGCCAACAGAAGCCUAUGCCAACCCAGCGAUCCGUGGGUACAGCCAGCAACCCGCCAAUGGAUGACAGAGAGGAGAACAAUAUUUUUGUUCCUAUUGUUAAUCAGCGCUAUUAAUUUAAUGCAGCGCUCGGCGAUACCUUAUGAAAAUUUUGAUGGUGUACUAAGACCGACAGAGUAUUUUGGAGUUAACGGUUCGAGAAUAAGCAUUUUUGGAAAAAUAAUUGUCAAUUUAGUUUUUCAUAACAUUGAAAAAGAACUUAUAUUUUUCGUUGUACCAAACAACUAUAUUUCGUGUAAUGUCCUUCUGGGGCGCAGUUUCCUUGAAAAUUAUGGAAUAAAAUUAAUUUUUGAAAAUGUAAAGCGAGUUACGCAAAGCAAUAUGGUCUCAAUUGAAAAUAGAGUAUUAGUAAACAGUGACUUAGAUGAAAAUAGGGUAUUAGUGAACAGUGACUUAGAUGAAAAUAGAGUAUUAGUGAACAGUGACUUAGAUGAAAAUAGAGUAUUAGUGAACAGUGACUUAGAUGAAAAUAGAGUAUUAGUGAACAGUGACUUAGAUGAAAUUAGAGUAUUAGUGAACAGUGACUUAGAUAAAAAUAGAGUAUUAGUGAACAUUGAGAGUGACCAAAUUGAAAAUGUAGUAUUGACAAAUAGAGAUAGUGAGAUGAUGUUAUCAGAUAUCAAUAAGAAUGGAUUAUUAAAGGAUGAAAAUUAUGAGAAUAAGAUUAGUGACCAAUUGAAUUGUAAUAACAUUGACCUUUUAUUGAAAGAUAACGAGCAAAAGCAUAUGGCAAGUGAAUCAUUAGAAAGAACCGACAUAGAUAUACCGUAUAUAUAUAGUAUUGAAAUAACAAAAGAA